CUAACCUGAGACAAAAACUAGGAAGGGCCAACAAUACUCUCUCCUUCCAACCCAACCCUGCCUUCUACUGCCGGGUGGACUAACGACACAGUGGAGAGCUGACAUCGGUAAAGGCUGUAUAGCUCUGGAGAUCACAGGGCACAAGGUGCUCGUUGGAUAGGUUCAACGAGAAGAGGAGAAGACUUUAUUAAUCCAUGCCAGAUGGAAAUUGGACUGUAGUAACAAUCAUCAUUCUUUACACUUCUCUUCCUCGCAGUGACGCUAACCUGGAUAAAUAAACAAAAUCAAUAAACAAAAACAACUAUAAUCAACAGCAUGGACGUCAUCAUCGGAACGCCAACACAACCCCGAGAGGCGGGGUUUAACAACAGAGUGGGCGGGGUUUCGGUGGCGUUGUCGGCGACCAGUUGGUUUGCCUUCCUCUAUGGCUUUGCCCUACUAUCAAUCAUCCAAUUUCCCACGGUGACGGGCGACUGUUGGCUGAUUGAGGGGGAGAAGGGCUUCGUGUGGUUGGCUAUCUGCAGCCAGAACCAGCCCCCAUAUGAAGCGAUUCCUGCCCACAUCAACAGCACCAUCGUGGACCUGAGGCUCAACGAGAAUAAGAUCAAGAGUAUCCAUUUCUCAUCGCUCAGCCGCUUUGGGAACCUGACGUACCUCAACCUCACCAAGAACGAGAUCUCGUACGUGGAGGAUGGAGCCUUCUCGGCCCAGUUCAACCUACAG